AUGAAGCAGAACUUUGAGUUUGUCAUGAAAAAAUCAGUUGCAUUGGAUGUGAACAACCAUUUGUAUUCAGUUGCUUUUGGGAUUGUUGAUAGCGAAAAUCAUGAAUCUUGGAUGUAUUUCAUAUCAAAGUUGAAAGAAGCACUUCGAGAAGUUGAGAACUUGGCUUUUGUAUCUGAUAGGCAUGCAAAAAGAUCACUGCAUCAAGAGAUGUGGAUGGCGACAUACGCUUUUAGAAAGUCAGAGUUUUCCCAUCAUUUUGAGAAGAUAAAGGCAAAAUACCCAACUAUAGCUCAAUAUUUAGAAGGCAUUGGUUUCGAUAGGUACAAUAUAAUGACAAGUAAUUAUGCCAAAAGCUUUAACAACAAGACUAGGGAUGCACGGAGCUACCCAAUAACUACAUUUGUGGAAGAAACUAGCGAGAAGAGUACCGCUGUUCUAGCAUUGACAUAUGAGGCCGACUUAGUUGCAAUGGCAGAAAAAGCCCGAUUAUGUAUACCUUAUGCUAUGGGGCAACAUGAGUUUCUUGUGUUGGAUGGUAAGCACAAUGGGGAGGUGGAUUUAAUAAAUAAGACCUAUACAUGUGGUGUAUUUCACAUAAUUGGUAUUCCAUAUCGUCACGCAUUAUGUGCAUCGUUAAAAAGUAAUGUGAACAUAUACUCCAUGGAAUCUGAGUAUUACAAGAAAGAGUCAUGGAGAGCCUCUUAUGUUGAAAAUAUAUACCCUUGUGGUAAUGAGGACGACUGGGUUGUCCCAGAUGACAUCAAGUGCAUGACAGUAAGAACACUAGUUGAGAAAAAUCUUAUCGGCCGCCCAAAGAAGAUAAAACAAGGAAGGCCUAAGAAGAAAUGUCAUCCCCCUUGGAGAACGAUUGGUGAUCGAGCAAAAAUGCAGCACCUAUGGUGGUCGUUGUCAUAA